GUAACAGCUUGUUCAUUGAUUGUUAUUUUUUGUUUUUCCUUACGUCGAAACUCGAAUGAUUCGACUUGAGCGGGGAAAGAGAAAAAAUUUCAGCGCAAAAAAGCGUGUGUUGAAGUGGCUCCCCCUAUCGCUAAGCUUCGGGUUCCUUGAGUCUAUCUCAUUUUACUUUGUCCCCUCCUUCAAACAAAUACUGUUGGCCCUCCCCCUCCCCCAAUCUUCCUUCUUUUCAUCAUCUCUUCCCUCGCUUUCAUCCCAUCUCAAUUUGCGACCCAUCUCUAUUCGUGGUCGUUUCAAUCUAUCAAGCGAAGAAGACCCUGUGUUAGCCUACUUCCAACCCUCUGUACACGCGGCCUUCCACUGUCGGCUCUGAUUGCGAUCGCCCCACUGCGCGCGCUCUAAUAGGGGGGCAUCAUGGCCAUAACCGAUGCAGGCCUCUUAGGCCUCCGUCAUUUAGGCGGGCGAAGCACCGAUAACCCUCAAGAUGCCUCUAAUUCGGCUUCGGGCCUGGUCACCACCUUGGUUCCAUCCUUGGCGGCGGCCGUCGCCAUGGUCUCCAUCUUCAUCAUUCUGCGUCGCCGUGAGCGUCGAAUGUAUAUGCCGCGAACCUAUGUAGGCGUCUUGCGACCCUCAGAACGGACACCUGCGUCGCCGACCGGACUGUGGAACUGGAUCAAACACAUGUACCAAUUACCCGACGAAUACGUUUUGCAACACCACUCGAUGGAUGCAUACCUCUUACUCCGGUUCUUGAAGACUGUUUCCAUGAUCUGCUUCGUGGGCUGCUGUAUUACGUUUCCCAUUUUGCUGCCGGUCAACGGAACCGGCGGUGCUGGAAAGAAGCAGCUAGAUCUCCUGAGCAUGUCGAACGUCGCCUCGAACAACUAUGGACGUUACUUUGCGCAUUGCUUUGUCGCAUGGAUUUUCAUCGGUUUUGUGUUUUUCACAAUCACCCGCGAGAGUAUCUUCUAUAUCAACUUGCGCCAGGCCUACGCUCUUUCUCCCGCUUACGCCAGUCGCUUGUCUUCGCGUACCGUGCUGUUUUCCGCCGUCACGCAAGACUACCUUGAUCGCGACAAGAUUCGUCGGAUGUUCGGCGUCAACAAGGUCAAGAAUGUCUGGUUGACAACCGAUACCAGCGAAUUGGAAGAAAAGGUUUCUGCGCGCGACGACGCGGCGAUGAAGCUAGAGGGUGCGGAAACGAAGUUGAUUAAGCUGGCAAAUGCUGCUCGUCUCAAGGCCCUCAAGAAGCAAGGGAACGUGGAAGAUGGUCCCAUCUCUGGAGAUGCUGCGGGCGAGGAGUCGGACGGAGAAUCUGGCUCUAUCGCGGCUCGCUGGGUCAAGCCUUCGGACCGUCCUACUCACCGGCUCAAGCUUCUCAUCGGUAAGAAAGUGGACACGAUCAACUGGGCAAGAGCGGAGAUCGAGCGUCUCACGCCCGAAAUCGAGGAGCUUCAGGCCAAGCAUCGCGCGGGCGAAGCGAAAUUGGUUUCUUCGGUGUUCGUCGAAUUCUACGCCCAGGCAGACGCCCAGGCGGCUUUCCAGUCCGUGGCCCACAACCUCCCCUUGCAUAUGGCACCUCGCUACAUUGGCCUCGACCCGACCCAGGUCAUCUGGUCGAACUUGCGUAUCAAGUGGUGGGAGCGUAUCAUGCGGUAUGCCGCAACCAUCGCUUUUGUCUGCGUCAUGAUCGUCUUCUGGGCCAUUCCGACCGCGGUCGUCGGCUCAAUCUCGAAUAUCAACUUCCUUACCAGCAAAGUUCCCUUCUUGAAGUUCAUCAAUGACGUCCCGAGCUGGAUCCAGGGUGUUAUCACCUCUUUGCUACCCACCGUCUUGAUGUCCAUUCUCAUGGCGCUUGUUCCUAUCAUCCUCCGCCUGAUGGCCAAACUCGGUGGUGCGCCCAGCUUGGCCGCCGUGGAAUUGACCACCCAGAACUUUUACUUUGCAUUCCAGGUUGUCCAAGUGUUCCUGGUGGUCACUCUUGCAUCAUCUGCCUCAGCUGUUGUCACCAAGAUCAUUGACGAGCCCACUAGCGCUGCAUCCUUGUUGGCGAACAAUAUCCCGACUGCUUCCAACUUUUAUAUCUCAUAUAUCAUUCUGCAGGGCUUGUCCUUCAGCGCCGGUGCACUGCUGCAGAUCUCAGGAUUGAUUCUUGGCAAGGUUUUGGGCAGACUGUUGGAUAAUACUCCCCGCAAGAUGUACAAGCGCUGGUCCUCCUUGUCCGGUCUGGGCUGGGGUACGGUAUACCCAGUUUUCACUCUGUUGGCUGUCAUCGCUAUCAUUUACUCCUGCAUUGCGCCUCUUGUUCUCGGUUUUGCGACGAUUGGUCUUUAUCUCUUCUACUUUGCCUACCGCUACAACAUGCUGUUCGUGUCGAAUGCCAACAUCGACACCCAAGGUAAAACUUUCUACCGGGCUCUGCAGCAACUCACGGUUGGCUGCUACAUUCUCAACGUUUGCCUGAUCGGACUUUUCGCGAUCGGCGCUGCUGCGGACACGAUAGCUACCGGCCCCUUGGUCCUGAUGAUCAUUUUGCUUGUCUUCACUGUGCUGUACCAUGUCUCUCUGAACAGCGCCUUGGCACCGCUCAUUGAAUACCUGCCCAAGAACCUUGAGGCUGAAGAGGAGGCUCUUCUGGCGCAUGAGGCCAGGUUGAGCUCCUCUGCUGAGGAGCCUUACAAUGACAAAGCUGCUGCUGGCAACUCUGCCGAUGCCGGUCGCAACAGCAGUGUGGCCAAUGUUGACUCUGCGGAGAAAGGCUUGACUGCCCCCGCUGCGGAGCAGCCCAAGGCCAACUUCCUGGUGCGGUAUCUUCGGCCCGACAAGUAUAGCGGCUACGCACAGCUGCGUCGGUGGGUUCCGACCAACGACACCACCAGCUAUGAUCCUGUGGUCGAAGAAACCGCUUAUUACCACCCAUCCAUCAAGUCCCAGCCCCCUCUUCUCUGGGUUCCUCGUGACGAGCUGGGCGUCAGUCGCCAGGAGGUCAGACACACCUCGAAGGUGAUUGAGAUCACCGACGAAGAUGCUUGGCUGGAUGAGAAGAACCACAUCCAAUGGAAUACGGACAAGGGCACUCCUCCUGUCUACGAGGAGAAGAUCUAUUACUAAGGGUCGAGCACAAAUCCGGCGAUGCACGGCGGUGACCGGCUCCGACAAAGUGAUGAUCGAGGACCACUAUUUUCAUGGUGGAACCAAGUUGACCUAAUAAUUGAUA